AUGUUUUAUAAUCGUUCUUUCACGAUCCUAUUUUCAGCUGCCAAAAUUGACCGUAUUCCUUGCAUGACUGUUGACAGGUCUCAGAUUUUUGUUGACAAUAAAAAGGUGAACAAGAAAGAGAGAAGCUCUUCAUCACAUUCCAAAAAACAUAUGAAACAAGUACCUCAAGUAAUCCUUCUUUUCAUUGUUGUUUCUUUGCUGGUUCACUCCAUCAAAGGAGGACUUUACAUACCAACUCCCCAAACUCAAGAAACCGUUUCCAGUCCUACUCUCCAUGAUCCCAUUCCAUUAGUCAUAAACAUGUCUCAUUCCUCCUCUCCCCAAUCAUCUGAGCAAUCUCAAUCACCAUCUAGAUCUUCCAAAGAUAUUUCUAACACCAAAGACACCAUUUGUUGUUACGAACCUAAUGGCUUAUAUCAAUACUGUCCAGGCAUUAGUAUUUGUUGUCGUUCAGUUCCAACUGGAUGUACGGGUAGUUUCAUCUGUGCUCCAUAUGGCAGUACUUGUUGUGGCACAGGUUAUUGUUCUGGUAACUCCAAUUGUGCUACGUGUGGAAGUUCCACAGGAUGUCUUCCUUAUGGAGCUACUUGUUGUGGCUCUGGUUAUUGUAACUCUGGUUACACAUGUACUUCCACUUACCAAUGUCAACUCAAUACAGGUGGUGGUGGUGGUGGAAAUAGUGGUGGUGAUGGAAAUGGCAACAAUAAUGGAGGAAGUUCUGGUGGUUUGGGUACUGGAGGUAUAGCUGGGAUUGCAGCUGGUAGUUCUGUCGGUGGACUCAUUCUUGUUGGCAUUAUUGGAGGAAUAGUUGCCUUAUGUAAAGCGAAUAACGGCUAA